AUGGACAGGCUGCAGUCAUCCAUGCGCAAGAGGCUGUACAGCCUGCCGCCGCAGCAGCAGCACGGGGGGCACAAAGCCUCCGUCGGCGGGGAGGGCGACGACGGCGGCGGCGGCGACAAGGACACGCAGAGGAAGGGUAUGAGGAUGAAGCCCCUGCUGCUGCCGUCGCCCUCCUCCACGACCACGAGCAGCUCCGCGGGCGUCGGCGACGCCAAGAGCGCGGACCUGGUGGUCAUGGAGACGGAGGUGGGGAGAGCCGUGAAGACGAGCUCCAACGGGGACUGCCGGAGGUUCCGGGGCAGCCUCUCCUCCAUCACUAGCCGGCACCUUCACGAGUCGGACGCGGCCGAGCAGAGGCGCCUCAUCGCCGAGGGGGACGUCACGCCGGGGGAGGAGAGCCCCACGGAGCCGCUGGGCGCUCGCGCCGGCGCCGGCGGGCAGCGCGCGCCGGGGGACCCCCAGCCGCCGGGCUUCGUCAAGUUGGACGGCGUGGACCAGAUCCUGUCCGACGACGAGCGGCUCUACCAGGCGGGCUUCAUCCACCGGCAGCUGGGGGCCAUGCUGCAGCCGGGGGUCAACAAGUUCUCCUUAAGGAUGUUUGGCAGCGAGAAGGCGGUGGAGCGGGAGCAGGAGCGGGUCAAGUCCGCGGGGUUCUGGAUCAUCCACCCGUACAGCGAUUUCAGAUUCUACUGGGACCUGACCAUGCUGCUGCUGAUGGUGGGCAAUCUGAUCAUCAUCCCCGUGGGCAUCACCUUCUUCAAGGAUGAACACACGCCACCCUGGAUCGUCUUCAAUGUUGUGUCAGAUACCUUCUUCCUCGUGGACCUGGUACUCAACUUUCGCACGGGCAUCGUGAAGGAGGACAACACUGAGAUCAUCUUAGACCCACAACAGAUCAAGGUCAAGUACCUGCGGAGCUGGUUUGUGGUGGACUUCAUCUCCUCCAUCCCUGUGGACUACAUUUUCCUCAUUGUAGAGACACGCAUCGACUCGGACUUCUACAAGACGGCUCGUGCCCUGAGGAUCGUCCGCUUCACUAAGAUCCUCAGUCUUCUGCGUCUGCUGCGGCUGUCCAGGCUCAUCCGCUACAUCCAUCAGUGGGAGGAGAUCUUCCACAUGACCUACGACCUGGCCAGUGCCAUGGUGCGCAUCGUCAACCUGAUCGGCAUGAUGCUGCUGCUGUGCCACUGGGAUGGCUGCCUGCAGUUCCUGGUGCCCAUGCUGCAGGACUUCCCCCCCGAUUGCUGGGUCUCCAAAAACAAGAUGGUGAAUGACACCUGGGGCCAGCAAUACUCGUAUGCCCUGUUCAAGGCCAUGAGCCACAUGCUGUGCAUUGGCUACGGCAUGUACCCCCCAGUGGGAAUGACAGACGUGUGGCUCACUAUCCUCAGCAUGAUCGUGGGUGCCACCUGCUACGCCAUGUUCGUGGGCCACGCCACCGCGCUCAUCCAGUCGUUGGACUCUUCCCGCCGCCAGUAUCAGGAGAAGUACAAACAAGUGGAGCAGUACAUGUCCUUCCACAAGCUCCCAGCUGAUAUGCGACAGAGAAUCCACGAUUACUAUGAGCACCGCUACCAGGGCAAGAUGUUUGAUGAGGAAAGCAUCCUGGGGGAGCUAAAUGAGCCAUUAAGAGAGGAGAUCAUCAACUUCAACUGUCGCAAGCUGGUGGCUUCCAUGCCCCUGUUUGCCAAUGCAGAUCCAAACUUUGUGACCUCCAUGUUGACCAAACUGCGCUUCGAGGUCUUCCAGCCAGGCGACUAUAUAAUCCGUGAGGGCACCAUUGGCAAGAAGAUGUACUUCAUCCAGCAUGGGGUAGUGAGCGUGCUCACCAAGGGCAACAAAGAGACCAAGCUUUCAGAUGGCUCAUACUUUGGUGAGAUCUGCUUGCUAACCCGAGGCCGGAGGACGGCCAGCGUGCGAGCGGACACGUACUGCCGCCUGUACUCGCUCUCUGUGGACAACUUCAAUGAGGUCCUGGAGGAGUACCCCAUGAUGAGGCGGGCCUUUGAGACCGUGGCCCUGGACCGCCUCGACCGUAUAGGGAAGAAGAACUCCAUCCUGCAACACAAAGUCCAGCAUGACCUCAGCUCAGGAGUGCUGAAUUGCCAGGAGAAUGAGAUAAUCCAGCAAAUCGUGCAGCACGACCGCGACAUGGCUCACUGUGCCCACCUGCUCCAGACUGCCCCGCCCCCUGUGCCACCCUCACCCACGCCCGUCAUCUGGGCACCGCUCAUCCAGGCUCCUCUGCAGGCCGCCGCCGCCACCACUUCCGUUGCCAUCGCCCUGACACAUCACCCCCACCUUCCCACUGCGUUCCUCCGCACUCAAGCCUCUGCGCUGGGCUCCCUGAAGGACCCCUCUUGCCGCCUGAAAAAAUUCCACUUUCCCGCCUCUGUCGGCUCCUCGAUUGACUCCCCCUGCGACACUCCUUCCAAGCCGCACCCAGGGGUGGACACACCUCUGCUGGCCGCUUUUCGUGCCCAUCACAUGACCUCGAACCUAGCACAGGACGGGUCCAGCCAUCAGCCUUCCACCAGCAGCGCACUUCCAAGGCCUGGCAGUACAAGCGCCUUUCCCUUUGGCUCCCUCCCUCCAUCAGACUCUCGAUCCUCCAGCUCUUCUCAGCUUCACCCACAGCCUCGGCAGCAGCAGGUAGCCUCCUGCAGCACACCGCCCUUUGUGGCCACUGGCUCGCAGUCACAGGGAGCAGUGGGAGGGACUCCGGGGGGAGCCGCAGCUGCCACUACUCCCCACAUGAGUCCCAUGGCCUCCAACUCAGGCAGCCCCAGCCUGUGCCAGAUGCAGCCUCCACCCCCGAAGACUGUGCAGGUCUCUUCAACGCAGCAGUUCGCAGGUGGGGGUAGGACUUCCAGCAACCUAAGUCUGCUGCACAUGCCUCCCUCUGACUCCCCUUCCUCCUGCAGAAGCCAGCAGGCCCAGCCUCCAGGGGGGUCGCAGUUGUCGCUGGUGCAGCAAAGCUUGGCGGGCCUUCAGUCGGGCUUCAUCCCCCGGCCACACCAGGAGCGAUCGGCACUGGCUGCCCUGGCCCAGUAUGGGUCGGGUAACGCCUCCCCCUGUUACACUCCGCUGGCUCCAAGUCCCAUAGUGCAGAGCCCUGUGACGGGGAGGACGUUUCACUACAGUGACCCCUCAAGUGCCGCGGGAUCCCACAGUUCCCUCCUAUUGCCACAGACCUCGUGCCCACCGCCACUCUCCAGCCUGCCCCGAGCAGGUGCAGAGCUGGAGGCGGAGUCAUUACUGAGCCUCUUUUCUCCAGAUGUAAAAGUAAUCUCGAGCUCGCACCCCUCUCUGCCCCUGGAUACGAGCCAGACCCCAAGUCGCUUGCCUCGACGGCCAUCCCAGGAGUCAAGCUCCUGCUUCUCGACCUUCUCGUCCCCGACGCUCAUCAGCAGGCCCUGUAGCUCUGUCUCGGGGAAUGUACCACUCGCCAGGCAGUCGUCAGCUGUGUCUACCCCUCAGACUCGCUCACCCGGGGCAUCUCCCGACCUUCCAGCCCGCAAGGGGCCCACGGCUCACACGCUUGAACCGGACCCAGCUCGCUCCAAGCUCCCCUCUAAUUUGUGAGGUUUGAUCACACCCUCCUGUGCA